GCUGGGGAGGUGGAAGAUGCUGAGCUGGGUGAGCUCCUGCACGAAGAGGUGGGAGAGGAGGAGACCAGGACAAGGCAGAGCUGGCCCCGGGUGUGCUACAAGCACGAGCGAGCCAUCCCCAUCCAACCAACGGUGGAGGCCCUGGACCUGCGUGAGGAAGCUAUCGAGACCCUCCUGUGCUACCUGGAGCUUCACCCACAGCGCUGGUUGGAGGUGCUGCCUCCCACCUACUCCAUGUGCCGGCUCCAGUGCUAUGGAGGACCCCGGCAGCUCCGGGACGUGGCUCGGAGCUCCCCCCCCGUCGCCGUGGUCCUGGCUCGGGAGCGCCUGGAGGGCAAGGAGCACGUCCAGAGCAGCUCCGUGGAGUUCAAUGUGGUCUGCUUGAGCGACUCCAUGGGCUGGGAGGUGGUGCUGGUGAAGCGAGCCCUGCGCCAGCUCCAGUGGGACCCACGGCUGAGGAGAGACGGCCGCACUGCUGGGACCAGCGGGGUCCUGGUGGAGUUUGGAGACCUCUCCUUCCACCUCCGCGUCUACGGCGACCUCAGCGACGAGGAGCUCGAUUCCGUCUGCGACUUCCUCCACCAGAGAGUGGUGGCCAGGGAGAAGAUGGCCCUUGGCCAGCUCCGGGCCUGCUUCCAGGCCUUCCAGAGCGUGGCCUUCCAGACCCAUGGCCCUCACCCUGUGCAUGAGGAAGAGCAGAGGAGCUCCCGCUUGAAGGCUCUGCUCAGUGACUACUUUGAGAAGGAGCACGUUGAGCGUGGCGAGGAGGAGGAUGAAGAUGAAGAUGAAGGUCUCCAUGGUGCCAAUGGCCAGGUCUUGGUGGGCUCCAGGUCUUGGUGGACUCCAGAUCAUGGUGGGUGCCAGGUCUUGGUGGACUCCAGGUCUUAG